AUGACUUCGUCACGAGAUAUGUCUCCCGCCUCUUCUCAGCUCUCCUCUCAUGGCUCUAGUGAAUUUGCAGAAGAUGUGAAGACUGAGGACGCAGACUCUGGAAUGGACGUUCCUCCAGAACCGCACCUGCUACCACCUUCCAAACGUCGUCGUGUCGGCGUCUCUUCGCCUCGAUCGACUCCAAUCCCACCCAUUGACAAUCGGUAUGAAGAAGAUCAAAUCUCUUCCGACACGGACGGCAGUAUUCCUACCUCGCCCUCCGGAGACCAAUUCAACAUGAUGCCGGAUGAAGACCCCCGGAGCCAUCUACAAGUCCGAGUUUGUAGAUGGGAUGGCUGUGAAGCUGGAGACUUGAACAACAUGGACAACCUUGUUGAACAUCUUCACCUUGAUCACAUUGGAAGUAAAGAGACAAACUAUGCCUGCGAGUGGAUGGAUUGCACGAGGAAAGGGACACCGCAUGCCAGUGGAUACGCACUCAAGGCACACAUGAGAAGUCAUACAAAGGAAAAGCCAUUCUAUUGUGCCCUGCCGGAGUGUGACCGUUCCUUCACCCGCUCUGACGCUCUUGCGAAACACAUGCGAACAGUCCACGAAACUGAAGCCUUGAGACCCUCAGACCCUGUCCCUCGAAAUUACAACUCUGCACAUUUCAAGCCACAGCGGUUGAAACUCAUCCUCAAUGCGAAGCCUCCAACAGAUACAAAAGAUGGCAAUGGCGAGACCCUUGUUGAUGAUGAUGCCACCCUCUCGCAUCCCUCAGAUACUGAGAAUGGCACCGCACUCCCCUAUGAUUACCCUUUAGAUGUCACCUUCACAGACGCCGAGCUCGCCAUACGACCUGACCAGCUUUUUAGGUUACUAAGGCGGCAGCUGGCGUGGAGCGAAGAAGACAACAAGCUAUUGGCUGAAGAGGUACAGGAGCUGGAGAAGAAGCGCAGGGAUGAGUGGAUGGCGAAGGAGUUGGUGCUUGCAAAUGUGAUGGAGGCGGAGCUGGCGGUAGCUCAUGGUAAGGGCGAGGAUGAAAGUAAGAUUAUGAGGAUCGUGACUGAGGAUUUGCCAGGUGAGCCGUUGCCGUUGCAAGGCAAGGAAAUUCCGUGGUAUCGAAAGACUGUCGAUGACGGUGAGGAUGGGAUGGAAGGUAUGGUGGCAGACGUGGAGGGGCUGAGCCGGUAG